UUUAUAGAGUGACUGGGUGGAGUACCGCUCUCUCACACACACAUAUAUACACAUACACACAGACACACGUUCAUAGACAUGUACCUCUCUACCAGCGAGGAGUCUGAUGUGGGUUCUGCGGACUCGUACACCAGUCGCCCAACUGACUCUGAUGUUUCUCUUGAGGAAGAUAAAGAGACCCAGCGCAGAGAAGCUGAAAGACAAGCUCUGGCCCAGAUCGAGAAAGCCAAGUCUAAACCAGUGGCAUUCGCAGUACGCACUAAUGUCGGCUACAGUGCUUCCCUUGAAGAUGACGUCCCUGUGCCUGGAAUGGCCGUUUCAUUUGAGGCCAAAGACUUUCUUCAUGUCAAAGAAAAAUUUAAUAACGACUGGUGGAUUGGUCGAUUGGUGAAGGAAGGGUGUGACAUCGGCUUCAUCCCAAGUCCAGUGAAGCUGGAAAAUACUCGCCUUCGUCAGGAGCAUCGUGCCAAACAAGGCAAAUUUUAUUCAAGUAAAUCAGGGGCGAAUUCUUUGUCUAGUUUAGGAGACGUGGUUUCAAACUCGCGUAAAUCAACUCCACCCUCCUCAGCUGUGGAUAUAGACGCGGCUGGUUUAGAUCCAGAGGAGAAUGACGCUCCUCCCCACCAGCGUUCUCCUAAAGCAAGUCCAAACACAGUCAUAUCCCCUUUAGCCCGUGAGAAACGAAUGCCUUUCUUUAAGAAGACAGAGCAUGUUCCUCAGUAUGAUGUGGUGCCCUCUAUGAGACCAGUGGUGCUGGUGGGACCCUCCCUCAAGGGAUAUGAGGUGACAGAUAUGAUGCAGAAAGCUUUGUUUGACUUUCUGAAACACCGGUUUGAGGGGAGGAUUUCCAUCACGCGUGUCACGGCUGAUAUUUCUCUUGCCAAGCGCUCUGUGUUGAACAACCCCAGUAAACACGUCAUCAUCGAGCGCUCAAACACACGCUCCAACUUAGCGGAGGUACAGAGUGAGAUCGAGAGAAUCUUUGAGCUGGCUCGCACAUUACAACUGGUUGUUCUAGACGCGGACACGAUCAACCAUCCAGCUCAACUGGGAAAGACCUCCUUAGCUCCGAUUAUUGUCUACGUCAAGAUCACCUCUCCAAAGGUUCUUCAGAGGUUAAUAAAGUCUAGAGGGAAGUCUCAGGCCAAACAUCUCAAUGUUCAGAUGGUGGCAGCAGACAAACUGGCACAGUGCCCCUCUGAGCUGUUUGACAUCAUUCUGGAUGAGAAUCAGUUAGAAGACGCCUGUGAGCACAUGGCUGAUUAUCUGGAAGCGUACUGGAAGUCCACUCAUCCUCCCAGUGUCAGUCAGACCACAGAGACUGAUGCUCCAGCUGUCUGUCCUGAACCGCAGUCUAAUACACAACUUAAGGGCGCAGGGGUUGACCAGAAGACAGUCGACAGGAGGAGCUUUCACGAAGACCACCAUCAUCAUCACCAUCACCAAACUCAGAGGCAAGCAAGUUUAGAACGACCAGCAGGCGACGAUAUCGAUGAGAGCGAGACUAAAGCCAACAGAGAGCAACAGCAGCUACAGAGGGAAUGGAAAACACAUUACACACACCACCAAUCUUCAUCCACACAUCCACACCGGACUGAACGACACAAUCACCAUAACCAUCACCACAACAGACAUCAUCACCACCAUCACAAUCGGACUGUGCAGACACUUUCCCGACAAGAGACGCUGGAGAGCAGGGAGUCCACUCACAAUGAGCACUCACACGGACACACACAAACACACCCAACAGAAGAAGAAGAAGAGCGGACGCUUCGACCGAACCAGCAUCAGCACCACCACCAUCAUCAUCAUCGUCGCAGAGAGAAAGAGAAGGAAUAUGACCACAAUGAGAGGAACAGCAGGCAAAGAGGACCACAGAGAUCUCAACGAGAACAUCACCAGGAGAGACAGGACAGGAAACGAGUUUGCAUACUGCAACAACCGCUCCACUGAUGAUGCCAUUGCAUCUACACUACACACUGCUCUCUCCCACCUGGAAAAAAAGAACACUUAUGUGAGUGCUGUUU